AUGCGCCACAUUCCCCUGAACUUCACAGCCAUCCUCCGACGGCAUGGACUUUCCGUCGAGCAGAUCCGGCAGGAAGGGAGAUACACUCGAAAGUCUCAACAGACGGUCCUCGACUCGCCGUCGUCCUCGAAGUCGAAGGAGGACUUCCACGUGGCCAUGCAAUUGGCCGCUGAGACGGGUGACCUUGAGCAUAUAGCUGAGCUUGUCGACGAGAUGGCGGACAAAGGCAUCCAGCCGAAGGAAGACACGUACAGCUUAAUCUUCAAAGUUUGCCAGCACAGCCUUGAUUCCAAGACUAAGACGUUCGCUGAGCGGUACUUCCUUGCGAUGAUUUCCAUCGGCAUCGAGCCCCAAGAGUCAACACUUUCGUUGAUGGACAAAGUU